AUGGAUGAUCUUGAUGAAAGAUCAUCAUAUAUGCAAAAUGGGAAUAUGCAGCUUGAUUUCUACCAUGGAAAUACUACCAAAAAUACUUGGAAUGAUCGAAAGAGUUACAGUUUAGGGCCAUACCAUGGAAACAACAAUAAUGUUUUUGACACCCAAAUUCCAAAUAAUAAUUUUGAUAACAAGCUGAAGAAAUCCAAAACUAUGUCACAUUCAAAAGUUUGGUGCUUUAGUGAUCCAGAAUUUAAGAGGAAAAGAAGGGUUGCUACUUACAGAUCAUACACUGUUGAAGGUAAAGUCAAAGGAUCUUUUAAGAAGGGAUUCAAUUGGAUUAAGGAGAAAUUGAUUUAUGGGUUUUGGUAA